UUUUUUUUAUUUUUUGUUAUCUUUUUAUUUUUAUUAUUAUUUUAUAUACACAUAUUUAUAUACAAAUACAGAUAUAUACAUAUACAUAUUAAAUAUCGAUACAAAUGUCAGCAGUAACAGCAACACCUUUACUAAGUCGACAAAAUGCAUUUCUAUUAGAAGAGAAUGAUAUGCUAAAUAAUUCACUUCAUUUUAAAAUAUGUGUUGAAUGCAAGCAAAGACAAACACAAAAUAAUAAAGAAAACAAACGUAUUCAACCUUGUCAUUGUCUAAAUAAACAGCCAAAUAAUACCAUAUAUGUAUAUAUAGAAUGCUUUAAGAAAUGGCUAAGAAGGAAUGAUUGCAAGUCAAAUUAUUAUUAUUCGAUAGUAUCAUCUUGUAAGACUGUAUUCAUAUAUGCAAUUCUCUAUUCUAUAAAGACUAUGAUACAACUUCACUUAUAUUUAUUUACUGUUUAGCUAUUCAUGUUAAGAAGAAAAUAAUAGUUGGUAUAUUCAUCAUGUUUAUCCUCUAUUUCUGUAUACAUAUCAAUAGAUGCAUGGUCAUAGAGAUAUUAUCAAAAUCUGAGAUAUAUGAAAAAUAUGGUCAAGAUAGAUCACUUAAAAAUAAAAUAAGCAUAUCAUGUAUGCAGUCAUCCUAUAGUGGUAUUCAUAACCAUUUUAUCUCUAUUUCUCACUUUACAGUUCUCUUGUUCAUUUCCAUCCUUUUCUGCCUCUUUCCAAUAAUUACAUUUGUUUUUCUCUUUCUUCUAUUCUUAUAUUGGAUU